UCAUCGUAGUGGUAGUCGUCGUAGUAGUUGGGCAUUUAAUGCGAAGUCAGUUCGACGCUUGCCCCGAUCGAGCCGCGCGACUUUGACCGUAUACACACAUUAUACAAAUAUAGCGAAUCGGCCCUCACACGUGCCCCGUGCGCCGUCAUGGAUCUGUUGAAUUAUUUUUACAGUUUCGUUGCUUGGGUAUUGUCGCUCGGUGGUUUAAUCGAAAUACCUCCACCGACAUUACCGACGACGACGACGACGACGACGUCGCCGACGAGUCAGGUUGACAAUGGAACUAGACCAAACAUAAUUGUCAUUAUGGCCGACGAUGUGGGCUGGAACGACUUCGGCUUUCACGGCUCGAACGAGAUCCCGACGCCGAACAUCGACGCGCUCGCUUACAGCGGAGUCAUUCUGAAUCGCCACUACAGCCUGCCCACCUGCACACCGUCGCGGGCCUCGUUUCUGACGGGCCGUCACGCCGUCAGAAUGGGUCUGCAAGGACUGCCGCCGAACGUGGCCGAGCCUCGGGGCGUAUCGCUGCGCGAGAGGCUGCUGCCCGAGUACCUCAAGGAGCUGGGCUACGUCACGCGGCUGCUGGGCAAGUGGCACCUCGGCUACUACAGCGACGCGCACCUGCCCACCAGCCGCGGCUACGACUCGUUCGAGGGCUAUUACGGCGGCUACAUACGCUACUUCGAUCACACCGUCACCAAGAACAAACACAGGGGAAUCGAUUAUCACAGGGACGAGGCGCCGGACGAAAUACGGCCCUACAAGGACGAUCGAUACGUGACGGAUUUCAUCGCCACCAGAGCGGAGGAAAUAAUACGGGCGCACCCGGCCGAGCAGCCGCUGUAUCUUCAGCUGUCGCAUCUGGCGGCGCACGCGAGCGAGGGCGCCGAGCCGAUCGAGGUGCGAAAUCUCACGGAGGUCGACGCGGAGUUCGGCCACGUGCCCGAGCCCAACAGGAGGAGGUACGCCGGAGUCAUCGCGGCCCUGGACGAGUCCGUCGGCCGAGUAGUGGCGGCUCUGGCCGAGGCCCGACUCCUGGAGAACAGCCUGAUCGUGUUGCUGUCGGACAACGGGGCACCGACCGCCAUAGCGCCCUUCAAAAAUCACGGCUCCAACUACCCGCUGCGAGGACAAAAAGCGACAGUUUGGGAGGGCGGCGUACGAGUGCCGGCGCUCGUCUACUCGCCGCUGAUAAAAAAAUCAUCGCGGGUCUCGCAGGACCUGUUUCACAUGACCGAUUGGUUUCCCACCCUGCUGUCGGCGGCGUCCGCCGGCGAUGUCGCGGCGCGAGACUCGCUCCAGCUGGACGGUAUCGAUCAGUGGCCGACUUUGAGCGGCAGCAGUAACGACGACGACGAGGACGGAUCCGAGACGAAGCGUCGCGAGGCGCUGCUCGUCAACAUCGACGAGGUCAUCGGACCCGAAGCCGUCAUCGUGCAGCAGUACAAAUUGAUUCGAAAUGUGCGCAGGUACAAGGAUUACUACGGGAUCGACGGUAACGUCUACUCGCCCAAGGAGUACGACGUCGAGGGUGUCCUGAAGUCGCCCGCGGCCCUCGGCAUUCGAACCUUGGCAGCGAACGAUCAGCUGCCGAAGGACGGGAAAAUUAUCCAGCAGCUGAGGACGAAGGCUCGCAUCGCCGACUGUCGGCCGAAGACAUCGAAUUAUACCGACUGCGAGGAUCAUUGUUUGUUCGACGUGAUUCGCGAUCCCUGCGAGACGACUGAUUUAUCGAAAAAAUAUCCCGAGAAAGUCACGAUACUCGACGCCUACAUGAGGGACUGGCGCGCCGUGCUGUCCAACCAGACCAACACCUACAUCGAUCCGGCCGGCUAUCCGGAAAAUUUCGACGGCUACUGGAUGCCCUGGCUCGAUCGCGAGUACGAGCCGCCCGCCGAGCGCAACGCCUCGAUAUGGUCGCCCGAGGUCUUCUGCGAGGGCUUCCCAAUCGACGAUCCGAGAAAUUGCCUCUAAACGCCACUUCAAGCUUGUUGUUAUGCCAUAUACAACUGUCUCGUAUAUUCAUGCCAUCUGUAUAUUCCUGAGAGAAGUGUGCUCAAUAUUUUAUGGUUAAUUUUUGGCCAACGAAAAAGUUUCUUGAACAUAUGGAGGCAUUAGAACCGAAAGUUUCAAGUGGAUGAAGGACGGAUUUUUCAUACUUGUAACCGUACUUAUACAAUUAUUUUUACUUUAACACUUGCAGAUUUACAAAAUGAGAUACUCGCCAUCUAGCGGCAAAGAGUUGAAGUGGUAUUAUUGUAUUAGAAGUGAUUAAAAAUUGUUCUAAAUUUUUUUAAAUAAUUGAAGUGUCAUAGUAAUAAUCUACUUAAUAUUUGUGACAUUAUUGUAACAGUAAAAUCGUCAAAUACAAGACAAUUAAUUAAUAUUUAUCAACUUCAAAACAUUGUGAAUCUUGAUUUUUUGGUCAUUAGACCAUUUUUCAUGAUGAGCCUUUCUACCAAGGAUUCGAGU